GCCUGGUAAUUGGUAUCACCAGGCCCGGUGGAAACCCAUAUCUGGGGAAGGGCCCUGAAUCACAGUCAUGCUCAACUACGAUGGGGGUGAUGAAGUGAGGAUGAAGAUUAACGUGGAAGGCGCUAAAGAGGUGGAGAUGCGGACUGAUGGAAAACUGCAGGAUGCGAUCACGGAGGCGAAAGACCGUGUGGAGAGGCGCUGCAGGAGGGACGGAGUGACUGCAAGAUUGCAGGUAACGGUCUCGUAUCAUGAGGCCGAGACCUCUAUGGACACAGCGGACCUGGAACAGGCCCAUCUGGACCGGGACUCGGGUGGGGAGAGUGAGAUGAGCGAGGCAGGAGAUCGGGAAACGGACCUCAGGUCCUGGAAUAGACCAGGCGAGAUCCAGAGGCAUCACCGAGCUGCGAAGCCGGUGGAAGAGGGACCUGAGGCCAGCUCUCGACAGUUGGCGCCCAGAGGCCGCGGGACAGGUGAGGAGAAGAAAAGAGGAAAAAGACACGUGUAGAGGCAAAGGCAGACAACGGGGUCGACAAGGGGGUGUACUCAGAGGUCAGCACGCGUGCAAGCCAGAGGGAUGCGCUCUGAGAAAAGAGGGCGCGAGACAAUAGCCAAGGUGUGGCAAUGCGGUGAGGCAGCUACGACGGCCUUGCUUGAAAGCGGCCCCAGGUGUGCGUAUGGAGAGCAGUCAACGCGUGUGAGAGGGAGUGAGGCGGUUGACGUCAAAACUAGCGGGUUGUGCACGAGCGCAGAGCGUGAGGCUACCGCGUUCGUCAGAGAGGUGGGAAAACAAAUGGGCUCUUAGAGU